CCGCGUUGACGCGCCGGAAGCUGCGGGGCGGGAGCCUGGGGCCGGAAGCCGCGGGGCGGGCGGCGGCGCUCCCGGAGGUAGCGCGGACGUCGCGUGCGUCCGGGCGGUGCGUCGGGCUGCAGGAGAAGAUGGCGGUCUCCACAGGCGUUAAAGUUCCUCGUAAUUUUCGCUUGUUGGAAGAACUUGAAGAAGGACAAAAAGGAGUAGGCGAUGGUACGGUUAGCUGGGGCCUGGAAGAUGAUGAAGAUAUGACACUUACAAGGUGGACAGGCAUGAUUAUUGGGCCACCAAGGACAAAUUAUGAAAACAGAAUAUAUAGCCUGAAAGUAGAAUGUGGACCUAAAUACCCAGAAGCACCUCCAUCAGUUAGAUUUGUAACCAAAAUUAAUAUGAACGGAGUAAAUAAUUCCAGUGGAAUGGUGGAUGCACGGAGCAUACCAGUGUUAGCAAAAUGGCAGAACUCAUACAGCAUUAAAGUUGUACUUCAAGAGCUAAGACGUCUAAUGAUGUCCAAAGAAAAUAUGAAGCUUCCACAGCCACCAGAAGGACAAACAUACAACAAUUAAUUUUAGUGGAUUUAAAACUUGUCUUAAAUCAACAACCUUCUAUUCAUGUUAAUGUCUUGAUUAAAUAUCACAAUGCAAAAUACCCACACAUUAAGUAAGAUAAUUCCAGCUGGUAAACAUGACCUGGACAUCUGUAAGAGUAUAUUUAAUAUAUGUACACCCAUUAUGUUUCCAGGUAACAGGAGGAAAAUUCAGCAGUUUUUUUUCUUGUUAAGGCACCGUCAUUUAAGCAUGAACCUGGAGUACUCAGAGUGGAACUCGGGUUUCCAGGUGGAAGAACAGCAAGAAGUGUCAGAUGGCUGUGCAAGCAGAUGUGUUUCUGAAGAGAAAGCCCAAGAAGGAAAACCCAGAAUGGCGUGCUCUCGCUUAGUGAAAGAGCUUCCGUUGAAAUGGUCUAAAGUGGCAGGUACAAUGAAUAUUGUCACAAAACGUGUUCAUUUUCGAAGCGGUAUAGGUGCUGACUACUAGUAGUAUCAAAAAUACGUUCAGGAUUGUUUUGAUACCUGUAUUUAUAAUAAAAUUGUUGUGGGGAGGUGGACGGAUUUCCGUUACAAGCUGUUCCUGGGUGUUCCAUGUACCAGACGCGGUGAAGAGUUGUUUACAGUCUUUGUUGGACAAACCAUGCAUUUACAUUUAAAUGAAAUCAACAAAAAGGAAAUAGAUAUAUGGAUAUGUGAUUUUGAGAUUAACGUUAGUCUUAAAUUGUAAAUAAAAUGUGGAAUGUGUCCUCAGAAACUGUGCCAUUUCUGUUAUAUUGAUGUGGUAUGUAUACAGUAACUUGCUGAGGUAGCAGAAAUCGGAAUUAUUGUAGCCUUCCCCUAUACACACCUUUUAUUAUUUAUCCUAUAUUGUAUACUUCUUGCAAAUUGGAAUUUGUGGAGUAUUUAACAGUACAGAUUACCUAAUAAGUUUAAUUUCUUGUUAGGAGAAGGAGGAAUCCCAGGUAUUAUGUUUUGAAGUUGAUUUCACCAGAAAUAUUGUUAAGAAAGAUGUUUGAGUUCUAGCAGUUUUUAUAGAAUUAGAGAUCGCAAAUUAUCCAAACAUACGUUCCAGUUUUUCUUCAUAAUAUCUGCCCCCAGUGCUCUUCGCACUAACUGGGGUUAGUCUUGUUCACUUAUCCUUUGCCUUGGCAGCUACAUAAUUCUGAACUGAAAGCCCACCUGUGCUCCGCUUUACCAGAGUGGCGAGGCUUUCGGACGCCGUUUCUCAUCUCACGGCGCUUGGGUGUACUACUUUGUUGAAAAUACUUCUCUCUUGUGGGUUCUGUUUUCCGAAGAAAAUAGUAAGGUGGUCAUGUAACAAGGACAGAUUUCUCAACCCUGACAUGUUUUUAUCAAGUGCAUUCAAAGUUAAAGCUCUGAGCUACCUUUUCUUGGCCAGUAAUACUUUAAAGUCAGUGGCAGUUUAUCUAAAUUUGCUAAUUUCAAUAUGGCUUUUUUUUUUUUUUGGCGGUAUGCGGGCCUCUCACUGUUGUGGCCUCUCCCGUCGCGGAGCACAGGCUCUGGACGCGCAGGCUUAGCGGCCAUGGCUCACGGACCCAGCCGCUCCGCGGCAUGUGGGAUCUUCCUGGACUGGGGCACGAACCCACGUCCCCUGCAUCGGCAGGCGGACUCUCAACCACUGCGCCACCAGGGAAGCCCUCAAUAUGGCUUUAAUUAUCAAAGAUGUUUAAAGUGACACAUAGAGAAUGUAUACAUACAAAUUAGUGCAUGUGUAAUUUAUUAAAAUAGGUUUGAAAUGAACUAUUACCUUGGCAUACAUUCUUAAAAAUUUUAAGUGGUUGAGAUUAAGUGGAAUUACACUGAUAUCCUAUGUGAGAGUGGUGGUUCCUGACAGUCUACAUCGGUCUCUAGUGACCCCUUCCCCACUGGGAGAGCGUGUCCUGUCAUAUGUGGGCGCUGAUAACCAUCUGAGUGCUGUACAUUGUUUCUACAGUGGUGGGCUGAGAGCCUGGGCACCUUGACCUCUGGUCCACUCUCCUUUCCCCGCACCCGCUGUUGUGAAGGACUCCCCCCCACAGGUGUGUGUUGCCUUCGAAAUUUGGUUGAAAGGCUAGCAGGUGAGACUGUAGGGGAUGAUCAUGUGUUAAUAAAGAUUGCAAAAGUAAAAUAUUUGUCCUGUUAGGUCAGUGUUAUGCUUUAAUGGUUUUAAUUACUAAUUUUCAGAAUCCCUCAUUUAAAAAUAUUUUUUCUAGUAUUUUAAAGUAAUGGCAUUUGUUGUUACAGGUUUAUGUGUGACUUUUCAGGAUUUUGGAACAUAAACAUUUAUAAGAGGUGGUCAAUGGUAUUUGAGUUUUUUGGGUGUAAAAUUUUUUUAAAAAUUAUAAUUUUAAAUUAUCUUUUUAAAAGAAUUUAUCACACUUCAAAUUUGAGUAAGUGCCUGGGGAGUGAAUUAGUUUGACUUGCAUAUGGUUUAUUAGUCUGGAUUACUUAAUACCAAUUCAUUAAUUUAGCUUCUUCCCACUAAGUAUAUAUUGUUAUUGAUGAAUAUGCAUGAAAUUCAUAUUGUUUUGAAAAUUUAGAGUACAUGGCUGGAAAAUAUCAAUGUGUUUCCCACCCUGGAUUUGGUGUGAGACCAUGUGGGCGGCUCUGGAAGACGCAUCGUGAGGUAUAGACUUUGGUCAAAGCUGUGCUCACUCUUCUUGUGGGUACACAGCCGUGCUUGCAUGUACACGUUAAAGAGUGUAAAUGCAGAUGAUGCUGUCUAGUGUCAUGAAUAACAAUUUGGGGAGUUAUUUAAGGAAUUUUUUCCCCCAGAUUUUCUCGGUAAGUAUAUUUUUUAGACAUAUAUGUGAAGCAUUAUAGUAUAAUUAAUUGCUGGGAAGGAUCUAAAAGGCACUGAUUUCACUUUUCUGAGAAGUAACAAUAUGAUUUUCCAGUAACAACUUGAUUGGCUUUUGGUUGUGUUCACAAAAAGAUUGCAGCUCCGAAGAUUUUGGAAAGCAUUUGUAUUUUGUAUAUAAAACAGAAACAUUAUGAAAAGCAGUGGAUGCAGCGUAUUACAGGCUUGAUAGGAGCGUUAGCAGUUAAUUCCUACCCAGUACUGUGUUUAUUGACAAGCAAAUGUAUGGAAAUAGAAUAUCUUUUAUGCUAAAAUUAAUAUGCCUCUUUGAAGUUACUAAACAGUAGAUGGAAAUCUUAUCAUAGGUCAUACUGAAAAUGUUGGCUAUUUUAAAAGUAUAGUGGAAUACUGAAAAGAUACACCAUAAGUAUUUUCUGAAGGGAAAAUUAUCGAGGUAUUUGCUGACACAGAAAAUAAAUGACAAGUCAAAACUGUCAUCCUGUGAAAUAAGGGAGCUUGAGGGAAUCAUGGAGUGAGUACGUGAUUUUAAAGAAUCACUGGAUGUGAAGAGGUUGCCCAUUGUGUUUACGUACAUCUCUAAUGGGACAUUCUCACCUAAAAAAUUCCUAAAGGUCCUCUGCAUUUCAUUUUUACAUGUAAUCUAAAGAUCAGUACAGAAUUUUUUCUGCAACUUCAUUUAUGAAAUCAGUGAUAAAAUCCAGAUAGAUUUCACUUUCUUAACUUAGAAACAUUCCAGGAAUCAUCCUUUCUCCAGUGGGUAGCUGACCAGAUACCAUGUAAGGAUUGUGCAGUGGCCCCUCUGCUCCAGAUGUAGACUUACCAUGUGAAUUCUUUUAUCUUGUCUUCGUUGAGUACUGAGCAGCUGCUUACAUCUGUCUGAGAUUUUGGCAGCCAAAAGAUUAUACAAAAGUAAAGGUAAUAUUCCACCUCCAAAGGAAGACUAAUCUCUGGCACUGAGAAACCAAUGAAGUGAGAAACGCCGUGGUCAGUAAAGAAGCAAAUCUUUGAAUUCAUUGAGAGUGAAAACUGUUCCUUGUUUGUUCAGUGCAGUUGAGUAAUUAAAAUAUUGUUCAGAGAUUAUGGGGAAACAUUAAACAAUGGAGUGUGUGUAUUCUUCCUUCAUCUGAUAUAAUAGCUUUUUUUUUUUAAACAGGCUUUUAACAAUAGAUAAUUUUACAGAGUAAUCUGGAAAAUUAACAGUGUAAUGUAAAGUGAGGUUUCGACAGGACACCUACAUUAAAAUGUAGUAAGAUUAGUUAUAAUACUUAAUGUCAUGUUUUUUGGGUCCAAAGACUCUUCCAAUCAACAAGCAUGGUAAUUGUGAGUGCUUUAUUACACAGGGUGAGACUUUAUAGCCUUUGUAGUUUGUCAGCCCUUAAUUUGAGGGAAAAAGGUAGAUUUUCUCCACAGUGGAUAACUGACAAAGAGAAAUGUAUUGUUUUACUGCUUCUCAAGCCACAUUGUCCAAAUAAGUAGUGAUUGCCAGAUGUCCAGAUUAUAUCCACUAUCAUAAAUUAUCUUUUUAUUGCUGUAAUUUAAAAAAUCAUCUUAAUACUCAAGUAAAAGUAAUUGAGUUCACAAGAAAAGUAAAAUAUCUAAUUGCCUGGGUUUCUUAAUCUUGAGUAACAUACGGACUUCUUUAAGGAGAACAGUAAUUCUUUUGGACUCAGUAUUGUCUUGAAUUAUUUUUGUUAAAACAUUGUUUAAUGCAUAAAAUUGUAUCAAUGCAAAUGUAUAAACUUCUUAGUCCUAUAAAAUUAUAAAGCAAAUUAACACAAUUACAUAGUAAUUAAAAUGUAAAAGACUUUAA